AUGGAUGGCCCGGCUCUCUAUCGCGCAGGAAAGCGAGUUUUCCAAGUCUUUGAAAGUUUGUUAAAUUUACACAGCGGCACACUUCAAACGCACUUUACCAAAGAGGAACAAAGGUUUCGAUUAUGCGCGCAUAGCUUAGGCCUUCAUCAUCAAGGCCAUAGCUCUCUCGACUAUCGGGUCCGCGAUGCCGUCCUGGUCAAGUCCCAGCUACUACGUCUGCUCAGUGCUUUGCUUAAUCACCUUGAGAACACCCUGGCUGUUCUGAAAGGCGACCGCCUUCCAUUUGAACAACAAGCACGGGAUUUGGAGACUCAGAGUUCAUCCGAUAACGACAGUAGCAGGUCGUCGAAUCAGAGUGCCAUUGGCUCUGUUAGCAGCGAGGAAUCUACUCAUGAACUGGACUUUCGUCAAAAUGGAAUUACAGAGACCAUCAACGCGUUGUACGGUCUGGCAGCGCGAAUUAGAAGCCCUCGAAACCGACCUGAAAGAGCUACACAAGAGCUCUUUCGACACAUCGCAGCACAUGAAAGGGAGCAGUAUAUCAAUGAAAGAGCAGAAGUCGAAAUCGUGAUUCUUGUUCAUCGACAUAAGCAAUACCUAGUGCAAACUUUUCAACCUUCACAAAACUCUACAAUCCACAAUGACAUCCUGGACAAAUACGCCUCGGCGUCUAAUCACCUCCUACGGAGGAUUGGCAUGGCCAACGUUCGACGAAGACAACAGUUCAUCUACUGGAAGGAACACACUGCCAGGAUAAGCCGGGACCCAACGCAGACCGUGAGACCAACUGGCUCAAAUAAGCCUGCCACCUCUGAAGCUCUUUUUCGGACGGGAAAUACACCAGGUGCCACUGUUCAUCUUGCUACCCCCUCGGCUAUUUCAAGACACGAACAUUCAGAGGCAACUUCCGCUACAAGGUUGGACGAGAGCAAGUUCAGAUUUGACGACAACGAGUCUGUCUUCUCAUACCAGAGUCACGCAUCCACCGCUGUAAUUCCGGCUACCCAAAACCAGUUAGUGCUUCAGUGGCCACCUACGCCUAAAGAUCUCUUGAGUAGCGACUAUUUCACUUGUCCCUAUUGUCAUGUACUAUGUCCUGGAAGGUAUCUCGGGGAAAAGGCUUGGAAGGCACAUCUUAUCCACGAUCUCCAACCGUACCAAUGCACCCACGAAGUGUGUCAAGAUUCUCAUCGUCUCUACGGCUCAUACCGAGAAUGGAUAGACCAUGAGAACAUUCAUACAAAAUCAUGGCAUUGCGAUAAUCAUGUGGCACCAACAGAGUUUGAGAAGCAAGAGGAGUUUAUUUCUCAUAUUGAAAAAUUUCACCCUGACGCAAAACCAGAGCUCUUCUCACCAGAGCUAAUGGCCGCUGCAUUCAGACCAUCCACCAAACCAUUGCGGCCAUGUCCCCUUUGUCCCACUGGCUUCGAGGACAACAAAAUCAUGCACGAGCACAUCAAAGGUCAUUUAGAACGCCUUGCCCAUCAUUGCCUACCCGCGGAUCCUUUUAAUAAGAACCAACAUGAUGGUUUACGGGAAACCGCGGAUAGCGAUAGCCAAGCCGUACGGAAUGACGAAAAUUCGCAAGUUUUCUCGGAAACAUCGUUGCAAUGGCCUGAUGACACAAAUGUCCAGGAGUCGCCAAGUCCAGAUGAGUAUACGGCCACACACAAAUUUGAAGAUAUCCGUCUACAAUUUCAGCCAGUUCAACUAGGACGCGAGUCAGCCGAGGCCUGGCUUAAGGCAGUUACACCUGAUGCAUCAGGAGCACCUGAAAGCUCUUUCUCGCAAACGCUUCCGCUGCGUUUCAGCGAGUACUCUCAGCUUCCCGAGUAUGCCGAAAAUCGUAGCUGGCGCGAGCCCAGUUUUCAGACAUCGACAUUCCGGAACAGCCAUUUCAACGUGGCUCACUAUAAUAGCCCCGACUUUCAGCCAGAGGAAUAUCGCCCUGAAGGUGACGACACCCGGAAUCGAACAACAGCAACCCAGGUGGACCAUUUGGAAAUGGAGAAAAUACCAGACAUUGUCACGGAUGCAGAGGAAACGCAGCGACUAGACAGCCUACUGUUGAAGGCUGUAGUUGCCGGUGACACGGAUCUUACUAAACUAUUGCUGAACAAGGGCGCAAAUGUCAGUUUAAAAGACAAUUCCGUUGGCAGUCCACUUCAUGCUGCCAUAAGCCUAGGACACCUCGAAGUUGUGCAACUGCUACUAGACCAUGGCGCAGAUAUCGAUGCAAAGAGCAUAAGACAUGGGGGCGCUUUCCGAGCUGCGGUCAUUCGAGGUCACCAGGAAAUAGUACAGCUGUUACUACACCGGGAAGCGGCCAUCGAUUUCAAAAGUGACGAAUUUGCCAACAUGAUCCGCGCUGCAUCAGCACUGGGCCAUCAAGCAGUUGUUCAGCUAUUGCUGGAUAAACGUGAGGAAGUGACAGGGGAAAUGGCCGAGGAAAGUCUCAUUGGUGCCACUGGAAUGGGCAAAUUACUUGCAUGGCGCUCUCCAUUAUCUGGAGUUGAAUCCAGGGAAUGGCACUCAAAUGAAGAGCAUAUCCUGCAUCAAGACAAAGAUUCAUUAACCGCUGAAAACCAGCAACCUUACAAGUGCCACACGUGUGGAAAGGGGUUUGGAAGAGAAGAUUAUCUUGCAAUUCACGAAAAACCUUGCAAAUGUCCUGUUGAAGGCUGUGCUGCGAGCACAGCCGAAAGAAAAGACCUGGAUCGGCACAUCUGGACUCACCAUCUCGAUUAUGCUCGAGAGAACAACAUUCCAAGCGAGGUUCCCGCGGCGUGUGACUGGCCGGGAUGUAACUACCGUGGAAGGCUGGAUAAUUUGAAGAGGCACAAAAAUAACUCUCAUCACUGGAAACAUGCCCCAGAUGACGAGGUCAAUUUCCCAGGUACGGCAGCGGCAGAUUCGCAGCCUGAUAUCGCCAACCAGUCCAAACCCUCGAAACCCAGCAACACUGAUCCAUCAAGUGAGGACAUACAACCUCACAAGUGCCCUGUUGAAGGUUGCACGACCAGCAAGUCGGAAGAAAAGGACAUCAGCCGACAUAUAUGGACCUAUCACCCAGAUUAUGCUCAAGAAAACAACAUUUCUGACACGGAUCGGGUGGAGUGCGGUUGGCCGGGCUGCUGGUGGCGUGGAAGAAGGGAUAACCUGAAGAGGCACAAGGACACCAUGAAACACUGGGAAGCGUCAGACAAUGAGCUCGUCUCUGAGGAGAAGCCAUCAGGAGUACAGGCAUGCGACUGGCCGGGUUGUCAGUAUACCUAUGCAGGGAAGAAGAAGAGCAACCUGAAGAGACAUAAAGACCGGCACCAACACUGGAUUCGCCCAUCGGACGCCAGUCCUGGCGAGGAGAACUCGCUAGAGAGCUCGCCGACUACUGCUACCAACUCCCGACCGUCGCAAAAGCAGUCGUUGGAACAACAUACUCAGGAUAGAGCUCCCAGCACCGACAGCACGACUCAUGUUAUUAACGAUAAGACAAGUCAACCCCAAGGCAUCUCACCAGGCGAUAGUUCGGCGGACCAAUGGGACGGCUCACCUGAAAACACUCCAGAAGAAAAAAAUCUCUCGAAAGAGCGAGACAGUGGCCUAGAUCAGCUUGUUACAGAACUCGGCCCGGAGCUCUUGUCAGAGGCAUCGCGUGAGAAGCUUCAAUCACCUUCCGAACAACGUCUGCUAGUGUGGCAGCUCGAGGACGACGUGAAAAGACUUCAGAAUGACCUAGGCGAAGAGCACCCAGAGACGCUCGAAAAGAUGUCCAAGCUCGCGCUGUCGUGUGCGGAGAAUCAGGAUUUUGAAACAGCGGCAACUUGGCAGGAGAAGGUUUAUAAAAGUUACGAAGUGUUAUAUGGCAAUGAACAUCCUGAUACAGCAAGCUCCAUGGCCGAUCUCGCGGAAACCUACACCCAUCUGGCUCGCUUAGAGGAGUCUGAGGUGUUACGAAAGAAGGUGCUGGAAAUAAGGACUUGGACGCUUGGAGAGGACCACCCUGACACCAUAGUGGCUAUUCUCAGACUUGCCUCAACCUGUUGCAGCGAUAGAUAUUUCGACGAGGCCGAGGAAUUACGCACACAAGCUUUAGAAAGAAGAAAACGACUGCAGAGAGAGGAUGAUCCUGGCAUUAUGUCGGCCAUGGCCGAGCUUGGGACAAGCUAUUAUAAGCAGGGUCGCUUCAAGGAGGCCGAGGUGUUGCAAUUUGAAGUGUGGAACCUACGUGAGAAGGUGUUGGGUAAGGAGCAUCCCGACACACUUACCAGCAUAAACAACCUUGCGCUUGUGCUCGAUAGCCAGGGGAAGUACGAGGAGGCCGAGCAGAUGCAUCGGCAGACUCUACAGUUACGUGAGAAGGUGUUGGGUAAGGAGCAUCCCGACACAUUUAACAGCAUGAACAACCUUGCGGGUGUGCUCAAGAGCCAGGGGAAGUACGAGGAGGCCGAGCAGAUGCAUUGGCAGACGCUACAGCUAUGUGAGAAGGUGUUGGGUAAGGAGCAUCCCAACACACUUACCAGCAUGAACAACCUUGCGGGUGUGCUCAAGAGCCAGGGGAAGUACGAGGAGGCCGAGCAGAUGCAUUGGCAGACGCUACAGCUAUGUGAGAAGGUGUUGGGUAAGGAGCAUCCCAACACACUUACCAGCAUGAACAACCUUGCGAGUAUACUCACUAGCCAGGGGAAGUACGAGGAGGCCGAGCAGAUGCAUCGGCAGGAGCUACAGCUAUGUGAGAAGGUGUUGGGUAAGGAGCAUCCCGACACACUUACCAGCAUGAACAACCUUGCGCAUAUACUCAAUAGCCAGGGGAAGUACGAGGAGGCCGAGCAGAUGCAUCGACAGACACUACAGCUACGUGAGAAGGUGUUGGGUAAGGAGCAUCCCGACACACUUACCAGCAUGAACAACCUUGCGCGUGUGCUUAAUAGCCAGGGGAAAUACGAGGAGGCCGAGCAAAUGCAUCGGCAGACGCUACAGCUACGUGAGAAGGUGUUGGGGAAAGAACAUCCAGACACAUUGACUUACAAGGAGGAACUGACGCAGACCUGGGAUCUGCGAGAAGUUGCGGAAAGCUAG